AUGCCAUUAUCAGCGUCACAGGCAUAUAUGCAGGUAGUGGUUGCGAUCAUUGAUCUUCCUGGAGAGGCAAUUGCGCUUUUGGUGAUUCAUUCCGUCGCACAUCACCGUUCUGGACUACAAACAGCACAUAGAAGCAAAUUCUCAACAUUUUUCAAAAGACAAACAAGGCAAAAAGUACAUAUAAAUCGUUUAACAGAUAACUCCGUUUUUGCAUUGUCAAACGAGGAGAGCCGUUGUUUCACCGGGGAUACUAAUAAAUGA